AUGGCGCACGCCAGCCGAGUCCAGGCCGCAGAAGCGUUUGUGAAGCAGAAGCUGGCCAAUCACGACUCAUCACACGACUGGUGGCACAUCCACCGCGUCCGAAACAUGACUGUGCGGUUGUCGGAUCAUUUGUCGGUGGGUCGGUGGGUCGCCGAGCAGCAGCUAGCCGAGCUCGCUGCUCUUUGCCAUGAUGUCGCAGAUCAUAAGUACAGCGCAGAUCCCGAGGCGGACCGCGCCGCCCUGCAGCGCUUCCUGGGUGAGCUGGCUCUGAGCGCAGAGGAGCAGGAGCUGAUCAUGUAUGUGGUGGACAACCUGGGAUUUAAAGAGGAGCUGGGCAGGAGGGACGGAGGGGCAGACGGCGCAGCCAACUCGCAGCAGCGUGUGCUAGCGGUGGUGCAGGAUGCAGACAGACUGGAUGCGAUUGGCGCCAUCGGCAUCGCUCGCUGUCUGACAUUUGGCGGCAGGUUCAACCGCGUGCUGCACGACCCUGCGGUGCUGCCACGGGAGGCCUUGACGCAGCAGCAGUACGUCGACAAGACGGCGCAGCAGACCACGAUGACCCAUUUCGCGGAAAAGCUGUUCAAGCUAAAGGACUUGAUGCGAACGGCAGCGGGGCGGGAGAUGGCGGAGGGGCGGCACGCCUUCAUGCAGGAGUUUGUCGACCGCUUCCACGAGGAGUGGCAGGCAGCGGCAUAG